GAUUAUACAAUCACUUUGAUUAUUGUUAAAGAUUCUCUUUGGCAUUGCAUACAAAAAUGAGAAAGGGGGCCAUGAUAGUAAAUAAAUAAAUGUAAAAUUAGACUAUGCACCCUUUAGCUUACCCAGUGUCAACCGAGCCGAUGGUUGAACGAUUACCAAAUUUGACAGAGAAAUUCACAUAUAAUGCAUGUAUGCAUAAUAGGAGACGAACUCUUUUUUUAUAUAUUUAUUUUAGUGCAGUAAUAUAAUAAAUUCGGCUUUUGUCCGUGAGCUUUAAUAUAAAUAUCACUUUGAACUCUAUUUUUAUCCUUCUUCUUUCCCUUUUCUUUUUCUUCUCUUUUUAUAUAUUAUAACAAUAACAUGAGCAUCUUACCAUCACCACCUGCUUCACCAACUGUAGACAGUGGCUUCUCGUAUUUUAGUGACUAUGGAGAAGAUAGUGAUAAUGUGAUUGUUUGUGGUGGUUGUAAUAAACCACUUGGAACAGAUUGGUUUUGCUCAGAUUGUCAUAAAAAGUGUAUCAGCUGUAAUCGUAUCCUCGGUGAAAACGAGUACUGCUCUCGCUGUUGGACAUUUGAUGUGAUCUAUCAACAAUUUCUACCAAAGAAUGAUGCUUGUAAAUCGUCAUUAUUAUCCUAUCUAAGGUCAACAUUUAAUGUACAGCAUAAUACUCCUUUCCCUGGAUUACCGUCACCUUCGAAUUCAACAGGGUCUGAGAUGAAUAUCAAGUCAGGUCAACAACAAAAAUAACUUAAAACAAUGAAUGUUUAAACCUUUGUAUUAUAUUCUCCCUUUUUUUCAUUAUUCCGCCCCCUCCCCUUUUCUCUGCAAAAGAAAGAAAGAGAUAGAGAGAGAGAAAUAAAGCAUUUUUAGAAUAAAAAAUAUACACUUACAGAAAGAUGUAAUCAUGUAGAAUCGUACGGUUUUUUUUUUUUUGUUUGUUUUU